UGCGUGGGAUCACGUGGGAUGUUUAUACUGGUUUAUACAUUUUGCUUAGUAUGGUUAUGUACAAUUUUCAUUUCAUAAAUAACAGAAUAUAUUUAUAAUUAUAUAUAAAAAUAAAAUUAGUUAUGAACAUUUUUAGAAUAUUAAUUGGUGUUUGAGUACGUUAUAAUUAGAAGAAAAAGGGUUCUUAAGGAAAAAUGUCCUGCAAGGUACCACCAUCGACGAUGACUCUGAAACAGUUCAUGGUCCAUCAAGAAGUCUUGAAAUUGUAUCGGAACAUUAUGAAAACAAUUCGUAAAGUACCAAAUGAAGCAGAUAGGAAAUACUUAACAGACUGGGCCAAAGCAGAUUUCAGAGCUAACAAAAGUGUUACCGAUGAACUUUAACUUAAGAUAUUAGCAAGAAACAAAGAUGUCACAAGCUAAAUUGACCAGAAGGAUGCAAAUCCCAUAAACACAUACAAUAUUAAAAAUCUCGGUUAA